AAAACACGUUGAAACACCGGUAAACAUUGAAUAAUGUUGUAAUAUGUGUGAAAUCUUGAUUGAUACAUUUCUAAUAUAUUUAUGCAUUGAAUGAAGUUUUCUUAAAGUUUAGUUUGAAAUUGUUUGCGGAUUUCUGUUCAGUGAGGCCGUGAACAUGCCACCAAAGAAGAAGGAUGAUGGUGCGAAGGCUGCUCCAGCGUUGUUGGGACGUAUCGGAACUAAUUUAAAAAUAGGAAUAGUCGGAUUGCCAAAUGUUGGAAAGUCAACGUUUUUCAAUGUAUUGACAAAAAGUGCUGCUACUGCGGAAAAUUUCCCUUUCUGUACCAUAGAUCCAAACGAAAGCCGGGUACCAGUUCCAGAUGCUAGAUAUGAUUUUCUAGUUCAACAUUAUCAGCCUGCAAGCAAAGUUCCAGCAUUUCUGAACGUGGUGGAUAUUGCGGGACUUGUGAAAGGAGCUCAUGAGGGGAAAGGUUUAGGCAAUGCCUUUUUGUCAAACAUCUCCGCUUGUGAUGCAAUAUUCCAUGUUAUCAGAGCAUUCUCUGAUGAGGAAGUGGUACACGUAGAAGGUGAUGUCGACCCACAGAGAGAUCUGUCUAUCAUUCAUGACGAGUUACGCUUAAAAGAUAUAGAAUAUCUCAAUAAACACAUGGACAAUAUAGAAAGAGCUGUUUUAAGGGGCGGAGAUAAAUCAAAAAAGCAUGAAUAUGAUUGUUUGAAGAAAGUUCGAGAAGCAUUGGAAGAUAAGAAGUGGGUCAGAAAUCUCAGCUUUGAUGCAAAAGAGAUAGAUGUGUUGAACAUGCACUUAUUUAUAACAGCCAAGCCAGUGAUUUAUCUAGUAAAUCUAUCAGAGAAAGACUAUAUACGAAAGAAAAACAAAUUUUUAGUUAAAAUAAAGGAAUGGAUAGACACAAAUGAUCCUGGUGCAAUGGUUAUAUUGUUCAGUGGACAGUUUGAGACCAACCUCCUUGAUUUACAGUCUGAUGAGGAAAGGGAAGCAUACAUGAAGGAACACAAUGCUCAAAGUGCUUUAGAGAAGAUUAUAGUGAAUGGAUAUAAAACAUUGGGCUUGAUAUACUUUUUCACAGGAGGAAAAGAUGAAGUUAAAGCUUGGACAAUACAGCGUGGAACAAAAGCACCUCAGGCAGCUGGAAGGAUUCACACAGAUAUGGAGAAAGGGUUUAUCAUGGCAGAAACAAUGGCUUAUGCAGAUUUUAAGGAGGCUGGUUCAGAGGCUGCUUGUAAGGCUGCUGGGAAGUACAAACAGAAGGGAAGAGAGUAUGUAGUUGAAGAUGGGGACAUUUUGUAUAUAAAAUUCAAUGCAGGAGCUGGGUUGACUGCCAAAAAGAAAUAAUGAUUGUUUGUCAUACUAGGACAUUUUACUACAACAAUUAAAUCAUUUAUUAGCAAUGGAGUCCAUGCCACAACAGAUGGUACCAUUAAGAUUUCAGGUUUUACUAAGUGAGAUAAUCAGCUGUGGUAAUGUUCAUUUUAAUGAAGUAAAAUUGUGCACGAGUUAAUUAACAGUGAAUAUUAUAUUAAUAUUUGACUGGGAAGAAAAGCUUUCCGUUGAUUUUUGCCACAUGUACUACCUUUCUGAUUUUGACCCUAAUUCUAACAGUAUACUCAUUCUAUUGUCAAAUUGUUCAGGUGUAUGAACUAUUUUUUUUUUUUACUUUUAAAUUAAAGAAAAGCUGAUUAAAAGCAGUACCUCUUGUUAUAUCCCGGAACAUUUACAUGUGCAGACAUGUAUCUUAUUAUGUUUUAAUUCUGGUACAAAGGUGUAUUUAUGCUUAGGGCUUGUCAAGUUGUAAUCCACCCACCUGCUUAGCUCAGUGGGGAGAGCGCAGAUCUACCGAUCGCAGGGUUGGGAGUUCGAUCCCUGGGUGAGACAGAUGUUAUCUGUGACGAUUUUAUAAAAGACAUUGUGUCUGAAAUCAUUCGUCCUCCACCUCUGAUUCAUGUGGGGAAGUUGGCAGUUACUUGUGGAGAACUUGUUUGUACUGGUACAGAAUCCAGGAACACUGGUUAGGUUAUACUGUUAGUAAAUACUGUUAGACCCAAAACAAACAAACAAACCAGUUGUAAUCCUAGUAAAGACUUGUGUUUAUGAUUCUGGCUGGUCAGGUUGUAAUCCUGGUACAGAGAUGAUAUUUUGAUUCUGCCGGGUCAGGUUGUAAAUAAACCUGUAAUCCAGGAAAUUUAUAUGUUUAUCAUUCUGGUUGGUCAAGUUGUAAUCCUUGUAAAGACAUGUGUUUGUGGGAAUUCUUCAUGUGAGGAAGCCAUCCAGCUGGCUUACGGAAGGUCGGUGGUUCUACCCAGGUGCCCGCUCGUGAUGAAAUAAUGCACGGAGGGGCACCUGGGGUCUUCCUCCACCAUUAAAGCUGGAAAGUCGCCAUAUGACCUAUCAUGUGUUGGUGUGACGUUAAAUCCAACAAAAAAAAAACAAAAAAAGAUCUUAGACUACCAAAACAUUCCCUGCAGUGCUCACUUUUGAAGGGGUAUCAGUGUGACUCUCGUCAUCUUGGUAAGCUAGUCUGCAUAUAAUAUAUGGACACUGUUUUAACAUUAAUGACUUGUAAAGGAAAGCUUGGCAUAAGUGGUAUAUUAAGAGAUUCAGAGGAUUGGAAAACACUUAUGCAGGACAGAGAUCAAAUCAGAAUGCUUGAAAACAAAAUGUGAUAAUUUGGUGAUUGGUGUGGGAAGAAGUCUUAACGUGUCAGGCCAAAUGUUUGUGGUUUACAUGAUAUUUUUGCAUCAGAAAUAAAUAUUCCCAUGCUUGUUUCCCCAUUGCCCUUACUGUAAAUUAUAUUCUCUUAUGCAAUACUUGUGUAAUUCAAAUGAAUGAAAUGGUUCUUAUAUGUGCUAGAAACUGUUAUUUUAUUUAUUAACAAUAUAAUGAUGCUGUUUAAUGUUCUUAAUACCCACUUUUUUGUGUAAGAAAAGACUAUCUGGCAGAUUUAUAAAGAAAAUCUUUUUGAAAUGACUAUGAAUUUAGCAGCUUUCAGACAUCUCAUGUGCGGAAGUUGGCAGUUACUUGCGGAGAACAGGUUUGUACUGGUACAGAAUCCAGUAACACUUGUUAGGCUAACUGUCUGCCGUUACAUAACAGAAAUACUGUUGAAAAAUGGUGCUAAACCCAAAACAAAAACAAAAGAGAGAUAACCCAGUAAACAAUACCUGAAAAUGUAUGUGGUACUUUGAUCUUGUAUACCUCAGAUUGUAGAAAAUGUGAUGGUAUGCUUAUAUUUUUUCAGAGUAGUGCAUUUUAUUGUACUUUAUUACAUUAUUUGAACUUUCCAAUGGAAUUCUUAUCAAUAUGAUGGUAAUAGAACAUUCAAGUUUUAAAAGUUAUUAGAUUAUUUACAUUAUUAGACCUUUUUGAUGAAAAAGUAUUUCCAUUUUAUUCGCAUAAUAUACGAGUCAAGAACUGUUCACAGUUGUAUGCUUUGGCUGAUUAUUUCUGUUAGAGACAUUGAAAACAAAUAAAUUUUUCAGUGUAUAUCUUCAAUGUCCAUAUUUGCAAUAAAUGCUCUUAGCUAAAUGAAAUAUUUUAAACUUUUA